CUGGCAGCAGCUGAAAUGGCGCAGCAAGAAAUUCAAGUAGACAGGGAAAGAUUCUGCUGUUCGAUCUGUUUGGAUCUACUGAAGGAUCCGGUGGCUACUGGCUGUGGACACAGCUACUGUAAGAGCUGUAUUAACACCCACUGGGACAAAGGGGAGGAGAGAGGAAGCUACAGCUGCCCUCAGUGUAGACAGACCUUCACACCGAGGCCUGUCCUGGAGAAAAACACCAUGUUAGCUGAUUUAGUGGAGGAGCUGAAGAAGACUGGACUCCUAGCUGCUUCUGCUGAUCACUGCUAUGCUGGACCUGAAGAUGUGGCCUGUGAUGUUUGCACUGGGAGAAAACUGAAAGCUCUCAAGUCCUGUUUGAAUUGUUUGGCCUCUUAUUGUGAAAAACACCUCCAGCUUCAUCUUAAGUCAGCUGCAUUGAAGAAGCACAAGCUGGUGGAGCCCUCGGAGAAGCUCCAGGAGAACAUCUGCUCUCGUCACGACGAGGUGAUGAAGAUGUUCUGCCGCACUGAUCAGCAGUGUAUCUGUUAUCUCUGCUCUGUGGAUGAACAUAAAGGCCACGACACAGUUACAGCUGCAGCAGAAAGGACUGAGAGGCAGAGAGAGCUUGAGCUGAGGAGACAAACAAUCCAGCAGAGAGUCCAGGACACAGAGAAAGACGUGAAGCUGCUUCAACAGGAGGAGGAGGCCAUCAAUGGCUCUGCUGAUAAAGCAGUGGAGGACAUUGAGGAGAUCUUCACUGAGAUGAUUCGUCUGCUGGAGAAAAGAAGCUCUGAUGUGGAGCAGCAGAUCAGAUCCCAGCAGGAAACUGAAGUGAGUCGAGUCAGAGAGCUUCAGGAGAGACUGGAGCAGGAGAUCACUGAGCUGAAGAGGAAAGACCAUGAACUGAAGCAGCUCUCAGACACAGAGGACCACAACCAGUUUCUACACAACUACCCCUCACUGUCACCACUCAGUGAAUCUACACACUCAUCCAGCAUCAGGAUCCGUCCUCUGAGGUACUUUGAGGACGUGAGAGCAGCUGUGUCACAGGUCAGAGGUCGACUACAGGACAUUCUGAGUGAGGCAGAGACAGCGAUUUUACAGAUUGUGUCCCAAGUGGAUGUUUUACUGCCACAACCAGAGCCACAGACCAGAGCUGACUUCUUAAAAUAUUCACAGGAAAUCACACUGGAUCCAAACACAGCAUACAAACUUCUGUUAUUAUCUGAGGGAAACAGAAAAGUAACAGUUAUGAGUGAAGAACAGUCUUAUUCUAAUCACCCAGACAGAUUCACUGAUUGGCGUCAGGUCCUGAGUAGAGAGAGUCUGACUGGACGUUGUUACUGGGAGGUGAAGGUGGGGGGGGGAAGAGGAGGAGUUGAUGUAGCAGUCACAUACAAGAAUGUCACCAGAGCAGGAAACUCACAUGAAUGUUUAUUUGGAUACAAUGAUAAAUCUUGGUCAUUAACUUGUGUUGGUAACAAUUAUAACUUUUAUUACAACAGCAUCAUGACUCCAGUGUCAGGUCCUCUGUCCUCCAGAGUAGGAGUGUACCUGGAUCACAGUGCAGGUGUUCUGUCCUUCUACAGAGUCUCUGACACCAUGACUCUCCUCCACAGAGUCCAGACCACAUUCACUCAGCCUCUCUAUGCUGGAUUUGGGGUCGGGUUUGGAUCCACAGCUGAGUUCUGUAAACUCAAAUAGACUCGAGUCAUUAAAAGCAGUGAUUUAGAUUCUGUGUUUAAAUCUUUAACUUCUUUUGUCUCCAUGUUUGCUGAUCAAAGUUUGUUGUGGUGACGUUUCUGCUCCGCACAGAGAUCAGCUGUCAAUCAAACACUGACCUUCCUUUAUCAAACAUAUUCAGUUCUCACUUUGUAAAGACAGAAAUCUAUAAUUACACUGACAUGAAUGUGUUUGAAAGAACUAAUGUUGCUGUUGUUUUCUAAAUCAAUGUAGAAAGUACAAGUACAGCAAAGUAAAAACCGUUGAUAAUAAUGAUGAUGAUAUAAUAAUCAACAGUUAUAAACUGAAGAUGUGAGGACGAGAAGAAUAAUGUUAAAAAUGAACUAAAUAAUUUACAAAUUGGUGAUUUCUGUCUUCAUAUUGAAUUAUAUAGCAGAAUGGAAUAAACUGCUCCAGUCCAACCUGAGUUAGUAAUGAAAUAAUAACAGCAAGUCAAUUUGUAUGUCUGAAAGUGAAAAUAUACUCAAACAAAUGAAAGAAUUCUGAUUCUGAUCUGAAAAGUGCAAUUAAUCAAUUGCUACCAACAACUCUAAACUGAGGCAGUUUGUCAGGCAAAUG